UACCCAUUCAAUUUUAGGCGUAUGAGGUUAUUCAGAGUUUUGACAGACAUUGCAUUGGAUGCAUCAGAAUCCGAAUAACGUGUUUUCGAACAAUAAAUAAAGGACACAAAUUAUAGGCAGAACUCAGAAGUAGAGGAACAUGAAAAGGAUGGCGAAGCUCGCCAGUCCACUGGUUGUAGGCUUUGCGCUGCUUCUUAUAGGAAGAACACACGCACAAGUUAAACCCGCUGCUGACCAGCAAUGUCAGCUCUACGACCUUGAAACUGGAGCGACAUUAACAACAAACACGUUCAGUUUGACCAUUCAAGAAACAGACUUCCAGGCCAAUAAGGGCCAGACUAUUAUUCUGCCUCUGCACGGUAACGGUUUGACAUUCGAAACUCCGAAUCCCGCAGAUCAAGCAACUGUAGACCAAUAUGGUAUACAGUUCUUCAGGGAUUCCACCGACUAUAAUGUCAUUUCGAUUGAUAAUGAGAUCAACAGGGAUGGGAUUGAUGCAGAACCAAACGACGACUUGGAUAUUAUUGCUUUAAAUUUCAACUGUGAAUACACUGACGGCACCAAUACCUAUUCGCAAACAUUCACAGUGAAUCUAUUAGUUGAUGACGCCAACGAUAAUUCUCCUGAAUUCCAAGGUGCACCAUAUAGCGUCAACAUUAAAGAGGCACUGCCGAUCUCCAACACAGUUUUUGACAACAUUGUGGCUUCUGAUAAAGAUGCCAACCAAAACAAGGAAAUCCGUUUUUCGAUUAGUUCUGGGCAAGACUAUCCUCCAGGCAAUGAUAUUUUCCGAAUGCAAGACAGUGGAUUGGGUGCCGUUGAUCUUUUCCGGGCUCUAGACUAUGAGACAUUGUAUGAAGCCGGAAAGACGCAGUUUCUUUUGGAAAUCCUUGCAAGAGACAACAAUGCUGAUGCAAAUCUUCAAAAGACAUCAACGCAAACUUUGACAGUUAAUGUUGAAGACAGCGAUGAUCUUAGCCCAACCUUCUACUAUCCUAACUGUAGGCAAGUCCAGGGGCUCGCCAAUUCCUGCGUCGUUGCUACAUAUUCAGCUUCCAUUACGUCAGGAAAUACAGGAGCAUUAUCAGUUGUUCCCUUGAUCAAUGGAACAGAGACAACGCCUUACCCCAUUCAGGCUUUCGACUUGGAUCGGCUGAACGCCCAAAUCAACUUUGUGAUUGAGAAAACUAUCCCAGCCGGUUACGAGAAUCGAUUUACAGCUACAAGGUCGGGACCUUCAGCGGUAUCCGAACUUACAGGUCGAGAUGUUUAUUCCGCAACAGUUACGCAAAUUUCGCCAAUAAAUCGACAGGACCUAAAAAGCCUCGAAAUCAUCUUGAGGGCUGAACAAGUUGAUGACCCGACCAAAUAUCGAACAGCUGUGAUUCAGACAAUGGUUGAGGCCAACAACCUGAAUGCUCCGAGUAUUAAUUCAAACUCCAACAGCUUCAAUGCAUACAUCUUUGAGGAGAACGAUGUCGGUGAAACUGUGCGGGCUACCAGAGAUGGGGCCAAUCCAGCUGCCUUCCAGAUUUUCGUUACUGAUCUUGAUGUGAUUGCUGGUGAUGACCAGAACUACAUUUUUGAAAUUGUUGGAAACAGUGUACCGUUUGGCCUUGAACAAGCUGGAUCUGACAGAGUUACAAUAUACGCAACACAGUCACUGGACAGGGAAACUGUACCGACGUACACUAUCACAGUACGAGUGACUGAGGACCUCCCGUCUGGUGCCAGAUCAGCAGAACAGCUCGUGCAGGUGAUUGUGUUGGAUGUCAAUGACAACGACCCUCAAUUUCCGAAUGGGGGACAGAAUUAUCAAGCCAGCAUUUUGGAGGGAGACUACACCAAUAACAAUGUGCUCAUCACCAAUGCCUUCCAACCUGGGACGGACAUCGAUGAGAACAACUCCCCAGCAGUCAGUUUCAGAAUUGCCAGCGUAAAAGUUACGGGCAACUUGACUCCUGCCCAAGUAGAGAAUCGUAUUGAGCUGCGCUCCAACGGUCUCUUCUUGACUGGUUCAGUCACCGGCAAUCUGUACUUCGUUGUGGAACUAGAGGCUACAGAUAAUCCACAAAACCCCAACCAGAAUGAAAGAAAGUCAACUGCCAAUAUUGCCGUUUCAAUCACAAGUGCCAAUAAUAAUGCACCCGUUUUUGAGCAAGCUAACUAUGAAGUCGGGAUAAGUGAAGCAACGCCAUCUGGAUCAUUUGUCCUGCAAGUUAGGGCAACAGACAUUGAAGACUCAAGCCUGACGUACAACCUGGUACCUGGCUCGAUCGGAAAUGUCAACGGGAAGUUCCAACUUAGAACCCAAAACAGUGGUGUGAUAGCUGUGGCUGGAGGGGUAGGAACUUAUCCGCUGGAUUACGAGACUCAACAGCAAUAUGUCUUCACCAUGGAAGCGGUCGAUUCCACAUCCAGGACUGGGACUGCAACAGUUACCAUCAACAUCCUCAAUGCUAACGACAACUCACCUAUUUUCACCACCCCCAACAACAACGCCAUCGUGUACUCUGUAGAUGAAGGCUUAACGACAACAUUUACCCCUGCCGUCGCAGCUGUGGAUGCUGAUGGAGACACCAUCUCCUACUCCCUGAGAAAUCAUGACUCAGUCAGAUUUACAAUCAACUCUGCCUCUGGAGCGAUCAGCAAUUUGCAGCCUCUCGACUACGAAACCCGGAAUCAGUACAUAUUCUCUGUUGUUGCCACCGACAACGGCUUUCCAUCUCGUUCAGCUGUGGUCUCUGUGACUGUGAAUGUUAACGACCUUGACGACAAUAUUCCCAUAUUUGACCAAUCGUACACAGGCUACAUUCUGGAGGGCGUGGUCACCACGGUAACCCAAGAAGGAACCAACGUGCCUUUGAGAGUUAUAGCAAUUGAUGCUGACCCGAACCCCCAAAUAACAUACAGUUUCGAGGCCAACAAUAAUGACUUCUCAAUCAAUCCAAGCUCGGGCACAAUCAGCUCGUCUCGACAGCUCAAUUAUGAGGACCAAAGGUCCUUCACUUUCUAUGUGACAACUACGCAGGGAGCUAAUUCUAUUGGCACUGUUCCAAACGCGAGGGCCUUUGUGACCGUUAAUAUUAUUGAUGUGAAUGACAACCGACCAUCGAUCUCGGUGAACCAGAAUGAGCAGACAAUUCCUGAAGACUUUGUUUCAUACCAAGUCAGUCAGGGAGCAUCCACAGAUCUUGCGUUUGUCUUCUCGGGAAGUGACCUUGAUGCCCCGAACACUGCUAACAGCCGUAUCUCAUACUCAAUUGCGUCUGUUCGCGAGGUUGGUACAAAUACGCCAGUCACAAAUGACAUGUUCCGGAUGUACGACCCUUUGACGGGCACCAUCACUGCUAUCAGGACUUUUGCUGACAGGGGUGCUACUGGAUAUGAUAUUUUGGUACGUGGCACGGACAGUGGUACACCACAGCAAAUGGACACAAGCAAUCUGAGUGUGCGAGUGUUAAUUCAAAGAAAUAAUCAGCCAACAACAAACCCGGUCUUCCAAGGCAGUGUUGACAUUGACCACAAUGAGCCCAUCAACAACGUCAUAUACACAUUCUCGGCUACCGAUUCUGAUGAUGAACGUUUUGGUACCCUCCGUGACCAAUUAACCGGAGAGGCAGACGCUACUCCAUACUUCAGUUUCCAACGUUCAAUUGCUAUCCCCAAUGAGGUUCAAGUGGUUGUGCAGCAAACUCUCCGUAAUGAUGUUAACGCUGCCCUUCAGUACAGGCUUGUGUUCACAUUCACGGAUGGAGGCUAUGGAAGUGUUCAGAAGACAACCGAAUUUGUUUUGACGGUUAACGUUGCCAGAAACCUAAAUGACCCAAGGUGGCUGACCACACCCCAAAACCCUGUCCAGAUAUCUGAGAAUCUUCAGCUUGAGGUGCCUGUCGCCACUCUGCAAAUACAGGAUGCAGAUCAACUUGCGCCGCAUAACCUUAUGGACUGUGGGAUAUCAGGUGAUGCAAAUGCUCUUCAAUACUUCCGCACAGAAACAGACAAUAACCUUGACCGAUGCCUCGUCUACAUGAAGCGGUCUCCAGCCAGUAACAGAAAUCUUGAUACCUUCACUGCCACAAUGACCUUGACCGAUCGUGGAGAGCCAACACCAAGACGAGGAAACGACCUAGUUGUUAACUUUGAGAUUAUCAGAAACGAUGAUCCACCAUUGUUCUUCAACCUUGACUCUGGCGUAUAUAGGGCAACCAUAAAUGAAAACUCGCCUGUCGGCACUUCUGUAAAAAUUGUCAAUGCUAGAGAUAGCUCACCACAGCCUGAAAACAGUCAAGUUACAUAUGAAAUCAUUGGAGAUGAUAACGCUCUCAGUAUUUUCCGCAUUUCUGAUCAGCCUACCACCGAAAAUGGUGCUGCAGUUGUUGACGGUUUUGUUCAAACACAGGCCGUUCUUACCACCGAGGGUACUGAUGUUUACACAGUAAGAAUCAUUGCAACGGACAAUGGUAUGGUUGCUAGAACAGCUACAGCGUUUCUCUACGUGACCAUAGACCGUAACCUGCAAACUCCAGCCUUCGUUCCGGCGUCACUUUCUACAAGCGUUGCCGUUACCGAGGACAUUCCCCUCAACAGGUUGAUUCAGACACUCACAGGAACAGACACUGAUCGAUUUGCACCAAACAAUGAGAUCGCAUGCCGAUUUGCGACUGGUUCUGACGGUCAAACAUUCUUUGGAGUUCGUGCCAUUGACAACAACCAGUGUGAGGUUUACCUUCGCAGUGACUUGAGAGAUGGUUCACAGAAUACUUAUAUUCUGAGCUUAGAAAUUUAUGAUCUUGGAGCUGGACCACUUGUCAACAACCAAAGAGCCACAGUGACAGUUACAAUAUACAAAAACAGGGCACCUUCAUUCACGGAACAACCCAGAACAUGGACAAUAGAUGAGGAUAGCGCCGCUAACACCGUUUUCCAUACUGUGACUUAUCAGGAUCCUGAUUCUUCUGUCACAGCUAUUGCCCCGAAAUUCUCCAUUCUUAACUUCAAUAUUCGGUCCCCAGCAGCUGCUAACAAUUUCUUCCAAGUUACUGACCAGGGUAACGGCGUUCUAAGUGUGUCAACUAUUAGAAGCCUUGUUGAGCGAAAUAAUCCAUCUCGUGUCAACACAUGGGAUCUUGUUCUGCAAGUGACAGAUGAUGGAGGAAUGAUGGGUUUUUACGAGCUGAAGGUGGUCAUCCAGCGUAACCUAAAUGCUCCUCAGAUGACUGACGCUACCCUCUCGGCAGUCAUACUCGAAAACUUAUCAGCUGGGUCUAAUAUCGGCACACCUGUGCAGGCAACAGACGAUGACACAACGUCCCCGUACAAUUCUGUGUCAUUCUUCAUCGCUUCCGGAGCCGGGUCAUACUUUGCCAUUGUUGCUGAAACUGGCCAAGUUUACCUCAGCAGGAAGAUCAGUGGAGUCAAUGCUGUAGAUACUCCUUACGUUCUGACCAUAAGGGCACGAGAUAAUGGUGAACCAUCCUUGACCUCGACAACCAGUACCCAAUACACAAUCAACGUCCUCGUUGACCUGUUUUCCCCGCAAAUAACCAAUAUUGACCCAAAUGCGGGCACCGACGUCCCUCUGGCAUUGAACUCGGGAAUUAACACUGAGGUUUUCAGAGUUACCGCCACAGACGAUGAUGAUGCGGUUCAAAGACCACCUUUCCACUUCCUUUUCUACAAAAUUGAGUCUGGAACGGGCAGCUCUGUGUUCAGAAUUAGGCGUGUUCUUAAUACGAACACCAACCAGUAUGAAGGUGUUGUAGAACUUGCCAAUACUCUUACUGGUGGUCUGUCGGAAUACAGUUUGGUAAUCUCUGCGUGUGACGGAGGCGAUCCAGCAAGGUGCACGUACGGCGUGCUGAAAUUCCAGGUGGACAGUAACCUAUUCCAGCCUGUGCUUACACGACCUGAGCAAACUUUAAAUUAUCGCGACUCUAUUACAAUCAGAGAGGAUUUGGAUUUGAAUGCAGAGAUUUACACUCUGAGUGGGACAGAUGCCGACAGCACCAGCCCGUACAACCAAGUGCAUUUUGAGUUUGUCAACCCAACUGCAGAAGACACGAAACAGCAGUUUUUGAUUGUUAACAACGAGGCUACAAACCAGGGUGAGAUCCAGCUGAAGAAGUUGUUGCUGAACGGACCUGAUACGCCAUAUAUACUCUACGUUCAAGCCGUUGAUGGUGGUAACUUAAGAUCUGCGGCAACUGGAACCAUAACAAUCACAAUCAACCGCAAUCAGUUCCCACCUGUAUGGGUCAACUCAAACACACACAACUACCCUUAUUCCACAACAAUCAACUACCAGAGAUCCUUCCCAUCUGAGAUAAUGCAAGUCAGCGCCAUAGAUAACCGAGAUGUCUUCAAUAUUGUUGGCUACAAAUUUAGCACGGAUAGUCUAACUCGUAAAUAUUUUGAAAUUGAUGGCCAGGGCAGGGUUCGCCUUAUCGGUAAUCUCGAGAAUGCAGAAGUCUCAACAAAGACCCAAUUCAACAUUCUGACCAUUGCUUACGACAAUGGGUUGCCGAGUCCACUCACCAAUGAGACGAAUAUUGUCAUCAAUGUGAAUAGGAACAUGUUUGCUCCAUCAUUUGCGGUGACAAAUCCAGCACAAGAAAGAAUUCCUGAGACAACGAGUUAUGGAACUGCUGUCACCAUGGUUACCGCCACUGACCUUGAUCAGGAGAGUCCAUACAAGGAUGUGUACUAUGAACUUGUUGGUACCAACAACUACUUCAGUGUAAAUCGCGAGUCGGGUGAAAUCGCUGUAAAAGCUGAUCUACAGAUGGAUCCUGCUAGGACACAGAUUUACACACUCAUCAUUCGGGCCUAUGAUGGUGUAGGACUAUCAUCUACAAACACGGCAACCGUGAACAUUCAGUGCUACAGAAACCUGAAUGUCCCAGAAUUCCUUGGUUCCAUGACAAUCACAAUCAAUGAGAACCAACCGAGUGGGAGUUCAAUCUACACAUUCACAGUUGAUGAUGACGACAUUGAUCGACCAUUUGGUGCACAGGACCUGACAGUAACAACGCUCGGGGACCGUUUGGCGACCCAGUAUUUCUCGCUCAAUCCUGCCAAUCUGGAGCUCUCUGUUGCCCAGAAUCUUCAGUCAAGAGACCAGGAUGUGUAUUAUUAUCGUGUAAAGGUCCAAGAUGGAGGAAGCCCGCCGCUGACUGCAACAACAGUUUUGACUAUAAAUAUAAUACAGAAUCUUAACAACCCAGUGUUCAAUGCCGACCCAUGCUUGGUUACCGUAUCUGAGGAAUUUCCCACUGGCACACAAGUGUUGGACACAGUGACAGCUACUGAUAGUGAUGCCAAGGUUGCCUUCAACACAGUUGAAUAUUUCCUGACCUCGAACAACAAUGACCAUGAUUACUUCUACAUUGAAAAGGCCCAGGUGUCUGGAGUCGGCAAUAUUUACCUGAAGAAAAGCUUUAUGUCGGAUGUCCAGAGAAAGACCACUUACACAUUCCAAGUGCAAGCCACUGAUGGGGAAAAGCAAGCUCUCCUGUCCAAAACGUGCACAUUCACUGUCAACAGGAACAACCAACAGGGCCCGACCUUUGAUGCCCAAAACUACGAGACCACUAUUGACGAAACCCAUACUGUCAACACCCAGACCGUUUUCAAUUUGAAUGCUACGGAUCCUGAUCCUGUUUCGUCUGUGUUCGGCACUCUGACAUACGAGUUGAUCGGUGAUGAUGAAGCCCAGAGAUUUUACCGCAUCGACAACACUGGUAUCAUUACCCUGUUCAGCAGCGUUCGGGAUGAAAACACCAUGGUGUACUAUCUCACUGUUCGUGUACGUGAUGGAGCAGCUAGGCCCCUGGAAGCCAUCACCCAAGUUACCGUGAACGUCAGACGUAAUUUCUUCGCCCCUGCCCUCGGGGGAUCACACUCUGCUGAUAUUAGUGUGGAUGUUUUCGAAACUGCAACUCCAAAUACGCCUGUGUACACCCUCAAUGUGAUUGACAAUGACAGACGAGCCCCAUAUAACACAGUGGAGUAUUAUUUGAUGUCUGCUGCCAAUACUCCAUUUGACCUCAGUGAGAAUGGCUUGGUUACAGUGAUGGAAAGCGUUUCUCUUCUUGAUUCACCUGACCAGUAUGUGCUGCGCAUUGGUACCCGGGACAGAGCCCCAACCCCGAGAAAUGGAGUAACAAUAACCUUGACGAUAAGCAUCAUCAGGAACAUGUUCGACCCCGUAUUCACAAACACGAAUUACGUCAGAAAUAUUGACUCCUCGGCCGCAGUUGGCACCUCCGUGUUCCAGGCUUCAGGAAGUGAUGACGACACACGGGGAACGUACGGGGACUAUGCCUUUUAUCUUCUUGGUGACUAUCCAGACACCAACUUCUUCACCAUUACUUCUGGUGGACUCAUUACCACGACACAGAAUAUCAACCAAGAUUCAAGCCCAUCUUACACGCUUUUGGUUGAAAUCCGGGACGGUGGUUUACCGAGAAAGACAGGAAGACCAUGGAGAGCGAAUACACAGUUUGUUCGUGUGAACGUUAACAGGAAUGCUGGCGAUCCUGUCUUUAGUCCCGCCUCUUACAUCAUUCAAAUUGACGAGGACCAGGAGACUGGCGUUGAUCUUGACAUCAUCACGCUCACUGACCCUGAUGGUGAUGCUGUUGAGAUGAAUGUUGAGCCAAACCAAGACGAUGCUGAAUAUUUCCUUAUCAACAAUGGCAACAGGUUCCAACUUCUGAAGCCGCUGUCCGAUGAUCCAAACAGGAAAACCAACUACAGAAUAACUAUUGUUGGUAAUGAUGGUGGAAAUCCAGCUACUUCGGCCAUCAACCAGGCUUUUGUUGAAGUAAGGGUCAACCGUAACAAUUUCCCACCGGAAUUUUUGGCCUUGCCAUACUCUGGAUCAGUGAAUCGUGAGACACCUGAAAAUGCCCUUGUUGCCGCUGUAACAUGGAGGGACAACGACACAGUGUCGCCAUUCUCAGACGUUGUGGUCACUGUGAUAACCCCUUCAUCUGGGUUUGCUGCGGACAUCUUUGAGCUCACCGACGUUAGCCAAUUUGGUAGGUCCGGGAACAUUCGAGUAAACAAUGCUGGUUUGCUGGCUUCAGAUGACUCUUAUGAAUAUGUGCUUCAUCUUCAUGCUAUUGAUGGAGCUGUUAACAAACCAAGGACAGCCCUCACCACUGUUACCAUAAAUGUUGUCCGCAACCUGUUGGCCCCACAAUUCCUUUUGCCGCCAAAUGCGUUCAGGUAUGACGUCAAUGUUGAGGUGACACGACAGAUUGGAUACAGCUUUUAUACGAUCAUGGCUGAAGACUUGGAUCCUAAGACUCCAAACAACCUAUUUGACUUUUACGAGGCUGCCCCAAAUCAGUAUGUGACAGUUGACCGUGACGGUACCCUCCGUGUAAAGGACGUACUCACCAACGCAACAACGCCAUUCUCUUUUAACGUGAUUGCAAGAGACCGUGGGAUACCACAGCUCUCGAACACAGUUGAAGUUCGUGUGACCAUUUUGAAGGACUCGAGCACACUGAGAUGGUUGGAGUCCCCGUACCUUGGAGAAAUCCCUGAAGACCAGACUGUUGGAUUCACCAUUUUGACAGCUAAAACAAGCCCUGCAGGUUCCACAUUUUCUUUGGACAACAAUGGAUUGUAUGAGGCUCCUCUAUAUUUCGAUAUCAACAGCACGACUGGCAUCGUCUCCAUUAAGACGAGCCUUCUUGAGGACAAGAACCUGAAAACUGUCUACAUCUUGAAAAUCAAAGCCGAACGCCAAUUUGAAGUGACAAAACAGACAAUCUACAAUGAUGUUGAGAUUCGCGUGAUUCGGAAUGUGGGCACACCACGCUUCACAUCAGGACCUUGCUCCAACACCAUCCCCGAAACUCAAGCUCAGGGCUCGUCAAUCUUUCAGCUGCAGUCAACUGACCCCGAUAGCUAUGAUGUGCCGAGGUUACGAUAUUCUAUAGUGGAGAGCACAACUAUCACUGAUUGGGAGAAAUUUUACGUUGAUCCUGUGUCCGGCUUAAUCACCCUGAAAGAAUAUCUUGACACCUCUGGAAAUAACCAAGCUUCAUACAGCUUUAACGUGCUGGUGGCGGAUGGGCGUGGUAAGCAGGCCCAGACGACAUGCUCGAUCAGCGUCCAGCGGAACCAGUUCAGCCCGGUUUUCAUCAACUUUCAGCCUGGUUUCACAACCUACUCCGCAAGCAUUGCCUUCAACCAGCCUCUCAAUCAGGCAUUUGCUACCCCAGAAGCUGUUGACAAUGAUCUUGCUGGCCAAAUUAUCUAUGAGCUGACUGGUUAUGAUUCUGGACCACAAUAUUUUGGAAUUCGUCGUUCAACAACGAAUAACCAGUCACCAGCUGCUAUCUACGUCAAGUCUUCUAUAAUGGCCUCUGAUAUGGCCACCAGUUACGUGCUUGGACUGAAGGCGUAUGACAGCACAAGGCCAGAUGAUUUCGCGGUCACAAAUAUGACGAUUACCGUGAACAGAAACCCCACUGCGCCAUCUUGGGUUGAUAGGGUGUACUCAAACAAUGUGAACGAGGAAGAAUCAUUUGGUUUUGAGGUUAUUCGCCUUGAUGCUACAGACAAUGUUGAUGGGCACAAUGUGAAAUACAUUGCAACCCAGUCUAACCCAGCAGACUGGGACACAUGGUUCAACCUGGACCAAGCAAGGGGUGUCAUCGCAGUGCGACGCACCCUCGUUGAUGCACCCGAAGAUAUCUACAGGAUCACGUUUAUUGCUAUGGACGAUGGUAUUCCUGCACUGAACUCAUCCAACACAGCCUCAGUGACAAUCAGAAUCAACAGAAACACUUGUCCAACAUUCGUAUUUAACACUGGAUCGUAUUUCGGCAAUUUGCAGGAAACAGCCACUGUUGGAUCAACUGUGGCAAUUAUUACGGCUUCUGAUGCAGAUCUGUCUGCUCCAUACAAUGACAUCGCUUUCUCCAUCAACACUGGAACGGAUAACAACGGGCUGUUUGAGAUCGUUGAAGUUACACCCAAUACCGCAGCUCUGCGCACUCUGAGGGCAAUGAACACCGCUUCCGACCUUAUUUACAUGCCAUGGGUGACAAUCACCAACCCGGUGGAUGAUCGCUGUAGUGCGUCAACGAUGGUUACAGUAACUGUUGAUCGUAACCUCAAUCCACCUGUCCUCAAUGCAACCCGGUACGAGACAGCAAUUCCUGAGGAUCUGCCAAUUGGAUCAAAUGUUCUCUCCGUAUUUGCAUCAGACAAUGACAGAAUACCACCAUUCCGCACAGUAGCCUACUCUCUCCAGAGCUCUGCUGUAUCUCCGAGUGCCCUGAGAUUUUUCGAGAUAAAUUCCCAGACUGGCCGUAUCAUUGUUCGCUCGAACAUUUACACUGACCCAACUGAUGUUGGAUCAUACACAUUCAAUGUGAUAGCUACCGACGGUGGUGCGGUUGCUAGGACAGAUUCUGCACCUGUUGUCGUGACGAUCUGGCGCAACCUGAACACACCGACCUUCCAGAACACAGCAAACUAUCAGCAGACCAUCGCCUGGAAUGCCGGACAACUUGGUCAGACCAUUAUCUCACAAGGAGUUAUUUCGGCCGUCGACAACGAUAAUGACAACUAUCUGCCUUACAAGACACUGACAUACAGCAUUGUGGGCCUGACACCAGAAUACAACACGCUUUUCUCCUUCGAUCAGACUGGCACACUGCGUCUAAAUAGACAGAUCAGCACUAACGUUGACAACGUUCAAGACCAGUAUCAGGUUCGACUGCAAGCCUGUGACCAGGGAACCCCGCAGCGUUGUGGCAACGCGGUGUUCUAUGUGAACAUCAACUUUAACCUGAACGACCCCACGAUCAGCACAGCCACAUGUGGAGGAAGCCUUCUUGAGAUUCAAGAUCUUGGCACACCGAUCCGCACCAUUGUCGCUGCGGAUGGGGAUAGUGGGAUGUACGGGGCAAUCACAUACAUUUUGACGCCUGUAACACCUGGAGCAGACCAACACUUUGACAUCAACGAGAAUGGCCAGAUUAUACUUAACCGAGAGCUUGUUGGUAGUGGCACGGACACGUAUGAGUUUGACAUUAGUCUCAUAGAUGGUGGAGGCAAGGUCUCUCCCACCUCUCUGCGCUGUUCAUUUACAGUCCAACGCAACAACCAGACUCCCUACUUCCUGAACCUGCCAAACUCCUUCGAGAUCGACUCGACACUCACCCAGAAUGUUAAUUUCUUCCGAGUAGAGGGUGCAGAUAAUGAUCCAGCUAACACACCAUUCGGACAGAUAACCUACAGUCUGAUCAGCAACAAUCUGUUUUCCAUCAAUGAGAACAGUGGGGAGAUUAGAUUAGCCGGCAGCUUGCCAUCCAAUGCUAACACUGAUGGACUUUCGAUUGUAGUUAGUGUUCAAGAUAAGGGUGAGCCAGCCAAGCAGAACGUGUCGAUUCUUUACCUUGUUGUAAAGUCAAACUUCAUGACGCCAUUCUUCCAAGGUGCCCUGUCCAGGACAGUGAAAGAAACUUACGACAUUAACUUAGCUCUGUUGACCGUCUCAGCGACAGACAAUGAUUUGCCUCCAAACAAUGUACAGAGCUACGACAUUGACCUUAGCACGGAUGUUGUAAAGGCUUGUUUCCGCGUCCAGAACAACGGUGAAAUCUAUGCCAAAUCAGCUUUGUAUGUGGCACCAUGUAACGUUCAGAAACAGUAUAAUAUCACUGUGCGAGCAACAGACGGCGGUGACCCAAGGAAAACAUCUGUGCCUGUCGUGGCCACACUCAAUAUUCUCCGCAAUGAUUUCACCCCAACCAUCACAUCCGCUCUUACAUACACAAUCAGAGAGGAUGCCGGAUUCAACGCCCCUGUUGGCACAAUUACUACCCAGGACCAGGAUACAACGGAGCCUUUCUUCAAUCGCACAUUGAGCAAGGUAGAAUCCAGUACCGGACAGGAUUUCUUUAGCCUUGACCCAAAUGCUGGAACUUUAGUAAUGCUUGCCAAUGUUCUACCUGACACCAGGGAAAGUUAUAAUCUGUUUGUGACAGUCACAGACAAGGGUCCGCUUCCUAAAUCAAGCAGUCGCUGGGUGACCGUGAAUGUGCUUCGCAACCUGUACGACCCCGCACACAAUGAAACACAGUGGAGAAUCACAAUCACAGAAGAUCGUGCCGUCGGCAGUGCAGUACUUCAGCUCACAGGACAUGAUAGAGACACUAAGGCCCCGUGGAACCAGUUUGUCUACCGAAGCGAGGGUUCUAGCGCAGCUGAAGCAGUGUUUGCGCUCAGUUCAACCGGUCUCAUCACCGUGAAAUCCCCUCUGUACCUAGACAACAAUCGUCCUACAACUUACACGCUGAACUCAAGACUGCGUGAUAAAAAUGGAGCAGUUGAUGGUCGAAGCAGCAACCUUGUCCCUGUCACAAUCGAGGUUACACGCAACACGUGCCCCGUGUUCACAACCAUUCCCACCCCACCUGCAAUUGAUGAGAGUUUCGUGACACAAUCAGUCGUCAACUUUGGAGACUACAUGGUUGACAAUGAUCCUAAUACAAACAUAUUUGGACAACAUAACUACCGUAUUCUUGGUGACAACAAUGCAGGAGCUGUGUUCUCCAUCAACUCUAACACCGGAGAAGUGCAGACCCGAUCUGCCAUCUUCUCGGAUACUGAUCUCGUCUACUUUUUGCGAGUUGAGGUUGCCGACCAGGGCCCUUCAAGGUGUUCAGCCACAGCUGUUGUCACGGUUACUGUCAACCGAAACCUUCAGUCUCCAAGGUGGACCAAUACCUUGCCAGGGACGACCGAUCAGUACUCAAACACUAUUGAUGAAAUCCUCAGCAUUAACACGGCCUUUGCCACCAUCAGUGCGGAAGAUGGUGAUAGUAAGGCACCCCACAGUGAAAUUGAAUACUCCAUACUUACAAACACGGAAUUAUUUGGAGUAGUCCCGGGAACUGGCUCAGUGUACCUGACCUCCAGCCAGAGAAACCUUCUAGCGAACUCAUACACUUUUGACAUUCAAGCUUGUGACAAAGGUGAACCCACCCCUCGUUGCAUCACCGGCCAGUUUACGCUCAGUGUGAGACGAAACCAGUUCCCGCCCGAGAUCCUCAACCUGUACGCCGAGCUGGAUAUCUCAGAGAGCCGCUCUCUGUCUACAACAGUGCCUGUUUUCACUGUUCAGGGUCGUGAUAAUGACACCAGGAACCCAUUCGACCAGUACUCAUUUAGCGCUAUAGGUGACGAGCAAGUGACCUCAUUUUUCAGCAUCAACAGUGCAGGCAAUGUGUUCCUUAUUGCUCCCUUAGAAAAUGACAACACCUUCAACUCCCUUCAGAUGCGUGUGGAAAUUCGUGAUGGAGGUUUUCCAGCGAGAACAGCUGUUGGACUCCUGAAGUUUAACAUCCUGCGAAACCAAAAUGGCCCAGUGUUUGAAGCUGGCAAUCGUGCCUAUUCCACGGAUAUUCUCGAGACUCAACCAGUAGGGGUUGAGCUUAAAAAAGUCACCGCCAUUGAUCGUGAUGAAGAGUCCCCAAACAAGGACAUCUACUAUUACCUUGAUCCUACAAGAAACAGCGCAGAAAUCAUGAGUUUCUUCAUGGUGCAGCGAGAAAUGGACCUGCAGGGUGGGGACAAGGGAAUUCUCAUGUUGAGGCAGUCAAUGAUGGACUAUUCCGAUACCCGUACACUCUUCUCAGUUCAGGUGUUCAUCUUGGCCCGAGAUAAUGGCGUGCCACAAAACCAGUCUCCCGAACCAGCCACUGUUACUGUUAAUGUGAGGCGCAACACAGCACCAUUCUUUACGAACCUUAACAGUAAUGGGAAAUACGUCCAGGGAGUGGAUAUGGACCUGCCGGCAGGCGGGCUCGUCUUUCCAACUGCAGCCCAGGAUAACGAUAACGUGUCUCCCUUCAAUGAGCUAGAAUACUCCAUCAUUGGUGAUGAAGAUGCCAUGCGCCUAUUUGAGAUCAACACCAACGGCCAGGUCCGACUUGGGGCAGGCGGCAAUUUGACUGCGGAGAGCAAGAUCAGAUAUUCAAUCCGCAUCCAAGUAGAAGAUGGAGGUACCCCAAGACUCUCAGACUCUGUUACACUGGAGCUGUUUGUGAGCAAGAACUUUAACCCCCCAGUCUUCGCCAACAACAAUCGCGCUGUCACCGUGACCAUUCAGGAAAGUGCACCGCAAGGUUAUUCCAUCACCAGACUAACGGCCACCGAUGCUGAUGUUCUGCCUCCAAACAACCAGUUUGAGUUUUCAUUGGAAGACCGGGUACCAGGAUCCGGAGAUUCAAGCUACGUAUUCCUUCAUCCUACCACUGGACAGCUCACGCUGACAAAGACGGUCCUUGAUGCUGUAAUCAACAACCCAACAGAUGUUCUACAGAUGACAGCAUAUGCCCGGGACAAGGGUGAACCUCAAUUGUCAUCUUCGAUCAAUGUUGACGUGAUAGUAGAACGUAUUGAAGGUGACCUAUCAUUUGCCCAGGACUAUGUUGAAACGAUCAACGAGAAUACCAACAUUGGUACCCCAGUGGUUGAUACAAGAGCUUUCCCUGGUGUUGUUACGUACAGUCUGGCAGAAGGCUAUGCUGGUAAUCUGUUCUUCAAGAUGCAGGCCAAUGGCACCAUCACUGUCAACGCUGACCUGACAAAGGAUACCGUGAGAGAACGACCGUUUUUUGAUCUUGUUGCCGUUGGAAAGAGGCAAGAGUUUGACAUUGUACAGACAGCCACUGCUAAUGUUCGCAUCAAUAUCUUACGCAAUCUGAACUCGCCAAUUUUCUCCAUGGACACUUAUACUGUUGAUGUCUGGGAGAAAGAUGCUCGACCAAUCAAUGGGACAAGGGUCUUUGCUUCUGAUGCUGAUGGCGAUACAGUGCUGUACACGAUAACAGGUGGAGAUUUCUUUGAGAAGUUCUACUUAUAUCCAUACACUGGUGACUUCUAUGUCCUAGGAAACAUCGAAAAUGACUCCAUCACUCAAUACAAUGUGGACAUUCGAGCCUCAGACCAGCGAAAUCCAGCUAACUUUGAUACAGCCCGUGUCAUUGUAAGAGUGUCAAGGGACAAUGAGAACCCAGUAUUCACAAAUAUCCCAGUUUCCAUUGGAAGACCAGAGAACAUGGAUGCAUCGACUGGAAUCCUUUACAAUGUUACAGCGGAAGAUGCCGACAAGAGGGGAACUCUUCAAUACUCCAUUGUUGGAGCCGAACAGACCCUGUUCAGACUUGAUGUGGUCAAUGAAAUUGCUCGUGUUUACGUUCGUCCAGGAAUCUCAAUCAGGGCUGACUCCAGAAGUGAAUAUAGAGUUACCAUGCGAGUCUGGGAUUCGGAGUAUCCAAAUAACUAUGAUGAAGAUGACUUGCUCAUAAUCCCACUACGCAACGUCAACUCUCCUACCAUUUUAAACGUCAAUGACCUUCAAACAACCAUCUGGGAUACACAUGCUCUUGGAAGUCCGAUAAUUGACGUCAAUGCUACAGAUCUUGACAAUGAUGUGCUGAUCUGGAGUAUCACGGAUGUACCAAGCCAAGAGUACUACUACAUCAAUCCUUCAACAGGAGUUAUCACCCUUAAAAAAUCCCUCAUGUUAGGAGCCCAGCUUUCAUACUUGAUCCAGGUUAGAGUAUGUGACGACCGUGCCUCAUUCGCUCAGUGUGACAAUGCAGUCGUUACCGUGACCAUCAGAAGGAACCAGAACCCACCAUCCUUCCAGCAGUUGCCGUACCAAGUAUCACUCAACCGUAACGACCCAGCUGGUACCUUCGUCAGGCAAACAACAGCACUUGAUCAAGAUCUUAGGGGAACUAUUGUUUACAAAAAGACGGGGCGAUUCGAGUCGACCAAUUCAUUCUUCGAGAUUGACAUGUCAAACGGCACUGUGUACACAAUCAAAGACAUGAACCUGGAUGGACUAUAUGCUCAACAGUAUCUGUUUGAGAUCAUCGCAUAUGACAGUGCAUACCCUCUUGACGUUGCCACCGCAACAGUCACUGUCAAUGUAAACAGGAACCCGACAGGCCCGCAAUUCACAGAUCUUGACGGACUCAACUACCUCCGUCAAAUCGAUGAGAACCAUCCGUAUGGAACCAUCGUGUUGGAUGUCAAUGCCACCGAUCAGGACGGGGACGUAGUCAUGUACAUGAAGGGAAGAGGCUGGGAUGCCAUUGACCUGUCCACAUUCUAUUUGGAUAGCGCCACUGGGGAAAUUACCCUCAAGCGUAUUCUUGAUGAUGCCAACAUCGUCAGCUCCUAUACUUUCGAAGUGAUUGCACGCGACCCAAUUCCUGCUCCACUGACGAGAAGUGCAACGGCCCAGGUGACCAUCCAAGUUGUUUACGACAGUCCGCCAGUGUUUAAUGCUGCUAGAUACGUCGCCACUAUUCUUGAGACUCAUGCAGUUGGAACAGAAGUGCCGGCUGAAAGUGGUGAUAUUAGAGCUGCUGAUCCAGACUCAUUCAGUGGAGCCAUUGUGUACAGCAUUGUUGGCAAUUUGAGAGCACCAUAUUUGUUUGCGGUAACCAAUGAAAAUGGACGAGCUCGAGUGACGCUGAACAGCACUCUAAUGGGAGAUCCUGUUAACGCCUACUUACUCCGAAUUGAAGCCUACGAUGUCAACUACCCCCAGAAGAAGGUCUAUGUGAACUUUGCUGUGAAUGUUAUUCGGAAUGUUAAUUCACCGGUUGUGCAGUCUGGCUCAGCAACCAUUUUCGACUAUCACAGCCCUGAUGAAAUGAUUUUCAUGAUCAAUAAUGGCAAUCAUUUUGACAAUGAUGGGGACCGAUUGCUGUACAGCAUGUCCGGACAAGGUGUACCGGAACUUUUCGACAUUGAUUCCUUCGAGGGCGGCAUUUAUGUCAUAAACAGUGAUCUUCUGAUGAACAACGGAACCACCCGAUUUGUUACCACAGUGACGGCACGUGAUCAACGUAACCCAGAAAAGACGGGACAAGGCACAGUCACAAUCAAUGUCAACUACGAUGACUUUGCCCCCACCAUUACAAAUAUCGGAGUCAACGGUCUCAUCGAAGGUGUAAUCACUGAGAAUGUUGACAUUGGUCUCAGUGUGGCUCGUGUCAGUGCUCGUGAUGAAGAUAUCGUCCAAGAUGGAGAGGGUCAAAUCGUAUAUGUGUUGGCUUCGGCGGGCGUUGGUGAGGGCUAUUUCACGCUGCUACCCAGUGGUCAAAUCAACACUGCUCGAUCUUUUAAUACCUCUCAGAGAAACGUUUUCCAGUAUGAGCUGAUUGUUCAUGCAUAUGACACUCGAUACCCAAUGAGGAGAACACCAGUAACAGUUCAAAUAAAUGUCACCCGAAAUCUGAACGGCCCACAGUUCUCAAGUGGAAGUUAUCAAUUCCCGAUCGAUGAAACGAUCGCACUGUUCACAUCAAUUGGCAGGGUUGAAGCCACAGACCUGGAUAUUAUGGACCGAGUCACAUACUCGGCAAGCGGACAAUUUGCAGGCUCGUUGUUUAUGAUUGACCCAUCCUCUGGCAUCAUUUACACGAUUGGUAACAUUCUUAAUGAGCCAUCAAGAAGUUCAUCCUACACUCUGACUGUGACAGCUUCCGACAACUUCCAACCGUCAUCGAGGACAUCUAGCGUAAAUGUAGUAAUUCCAGUCACACGGGACAUUCCGACAAGAUUUGUGCAGCCAAAUGCAAUGGUUCUUACUAUUGCCGAGACACAACCAAUCAAUUCUACUAUCACGCUUGGUCAAAGGAUUGCUGCGACGGAUCCCGAUUUACAGGCCCCUGGAGUAAUAACAUUCGAACUGAUUGGAACCUCGCUUGGAGCAUACUACUUUGACAUUCGCCGUGUCUCCAAUACCACUGUUGAUGUCUUUGUGCGAAAUGAUCUCAUGACUGGCUUUAGAACAAGAGAUAGGUUUGAGCUGACAAUUGUUGCCUACGACCCGGCCAGGCCACGCAACAAGGCAUACAAGCAAGUAGUAAUCCAGGUUAAUCGAAACCAGGGCCCACCUGUCUGGACCUUUGCUCUUGAUGAUGUUCUGAUGCGGGAGGACCACCCUGUCUUCACCAGUCUUGUCACUACAGUUUCUGCAGAGGAUGCACGUGAUAAUGAUGAUAUCACAUACAGCAUUAUUGGAGAGGCUGUCAAUCGGGCCUUGUCUUCCGGGGCAUCAAACUUUUUCCAGAUGGAUGAUAAGAAUGGAGAGGUUUAUCUUACAAAGACUGUCCUGGGGACAGAUAUUAUCGACUUUAAUCUACAAAUCCAAGCUUGUGACGAUGGUGUUCCUAUCAGAUGUAUCGAUGCUCCGCUGAAGAUUAUUGUUGUGCGUGACCAUUUCCCACCAAGUUUCUCAUUCAACGCACUUGAUCGAUUUGUCUUUACUUUGUCUGAACGGGAAGCUCCUGGUUUCUUGGUCGGUCAAAUCGAGUCCACUGAUAGCAGUCCACUAGGUCCCACGAUCUACAAUGUUGUACCACCUUACCCAGAAUUCUUCACCCUGAACAUGACCGAUGGUAGAAUCAUUCUUGCCAAGUCACUGUUUGACUACCUUGAUCUGCAAUAUGCGUUCCAAGUAACAGCCUACGACCAGGGUGAGCCUGCAUUUGUUGCAACUGGUAAUGUCAUCGUUAAUGUCAUAAGGAACAACAAUGGGCCUCAGUUUUUGUUGGGCACCUACCAAAGACCACCAAUCCAUGAGACCUUUGAAGUGGGAACUAUGGUCUUCAACACCACUGCUGUUGAUGUAGAUGGGGAUGUAGUCCGUUACAAUCUUAUCGGAGAUGCAGUGGAUUUGGAAUACUUUUUUGUGGACCCAUUCGAUGGAAUUAUCUAUGUUAAAAAGUCGCUGCUCAACGUACCAACAACACGAUUUGAUUUUGUUGUGCGAGCUCGGGACCAGAGACGAGUGAAUGAGCGAUUCGCCACUGCCAACGUUAUAAUAGACGUUGAUGCCGACAGUGCGCCAAUCUUCACCAGCGGCACAAGCAUUCCUACUAUUGCCGAGACGAGUGUCGCAGGAAGUACUAUUCACAGACUGAGUGCGCGAGAUGAAGAUCAAGAGGGCACACUGAUCUUUAAGCUGAUUGGAGUUCCACCUGCCCAAUACAUGUAUAUGGUAAAUGAAACAACAGGAGUAAUCUCCCUUUCCCGUGACAUUAAAGGGAGUGGUCUGGAGAAGGUCAACCAGUACAUGUUAAACGUGGUCGUCUAUGACUCUCCAUACCCUCUCAACUCUGCAACACAAAUGUUGACCGUGUUCGUCAAUGUAAACCCAGGAACACCACAGUUCCAGCCCAACAACAACUAUAUUGUCAGAAUCAAUGAGACAGAAAGCCCCGGAUUCACUGCAACCUCAGUGUUGGCCACCGACACGGACGGCGACACAAUGAGAUACACGCUUGUUCAGACAACUGACGAUGCCUCAGAUUGGUUUGCACUCAUCGAGAACCGCAUUGUUACCAAGGACAAUCUUCGUAAUGCCCCACUGGAUGAGUACACUUUGACCGUUGAAGCUAAUGAUGGCCGUGGUAAUUCAGCGCAAGCAUUCGUUCGUAUCACCAUUCUGCGUAACCCUGACGACCAGCGACCAUACUUCAUCAAUCAGGAUGUUGACAACAAUGGUAACCCAGAAAACUACAGAGCAACAAUCCAGUAUGAUCAUAUUGUUGGCACAAAUGUUACCAUCAGACCAGCAGCUGUAGACAAUGAUUUGAUGGGACAACUGCGUUACGAAGCAGUGGCUGAUAAUGUGGCUCUGCAGUUCUUCGCGAUCAAUCCAGUGACAGGCCAUGUGACCUUGACACAAGACCUCAACAACGACCCAUUUAGAAGUGUUUUGUAUCAGCUGUACCUGGAAGCUUACGACAGUGCACGGCCCAACAACCGAGCCCAAGAGCUGCUACUGAUCACAGUGGAUCGUAACCCCAACGCUCCAAUAUUUUCUGGCAACACUGACCGAGUCACAUAUACCAUCAAUGAAAAGGAGCCAAUCGGAUUUAGCAUCGGAGCUGUAGUAGCAACAGACGCUGAUGGAGAUGUGAUUACCUACUCCAUGCAGGCUCCUAUUACUGAUGGCACUGAUACGUUCGUAUUCCUCAAUCAACGCAGCGGACAGCUACUGGUGAAUGGGAAUUUGAGAGAUACUCAAUUGUAUGGAAAUACAUAUCAGUUCACUGUUGUUGCGGACGACCAGGGACGACCACCAAAGUAUGACACGAUUCAGGUCAUCAUAACCAUUGAGAGAGACCGGGAAGACCCAUACUUUUCUAGGGCAGGCAAUGCCACAAUCAAUGACAAAGUGGCUAUCGAUUCAUUCGUCACAUCUGUCGAGGCUCGAGAUGAUGAUUUAGUCGAGAGCAUCGUGUAUGAACUGGUGGGAGAUGGAAACUCCAUGGGCUAUUUCACCAUCAACAGUCAGACAGGAUUUAUUUCCCUGAAAAAGAACAUUAUUCUCAGUCGGGACACCAUGUUUAGGUUGGAGCUCCAAGCCUACGACUCAUUCUACCCAAAUAACCGAGCCACCGCAUUUAUUUGGAUUACUGUGGUUCGUAAUGGCGACACAAUCGUGUUCGAUACCAAUCCAUCGUACUACGUUGAGGUGAACGAAUACAGAAAGACAGCAGAUGAGAUCUACAGAGUUACCGCUGUCGAUCCUGAUGGCGACACAGUUCGAUACAGGAUCAUUAACAGUCCCCUGGCCUCAGAGUAUUUCUACAUCACAACAGAAGGGCCGAACGGUGUUCUUUACAUCAAGAAAACUCUAGCAGAAAACCAAAUUAAUGAUACUUAUGUGUUCCAAAUUGAGGCUACAGAUGCUCGACGAUUCUUUACACAGUACGCCUACGUUACCAUGACAGUGAAAGUGCUCCGCAACCAAAUGCCGUUUUUCACCAGGCUGCCAACCAGUGCCACUGUUACGGAAACAAGCGGGGUUGGGAAUACCGUGUUUGAGGCCAUUGCUGUCGACACCGAUCUUCUUCCAGGCAGCCGAGUUAAUUACCAAAUAAUUGGUAACGGGCUUGCACCUGGAUUCUUCUCAAUCAGAAAUCCGGAAUCGGGUAUCAUCACGAUUGCCAGUGACCUUCGUCGCGACAUGAAUCUUCAAUAUAAUGUCACUGUGAUUGCCUAUGAUAGUCAACUACGACAAAUGGCUGCCACAUCGAUACUGACGGUUUCCGUGACUAGGAAUGCCAACGCUCCACGAUUUACAGAGAAUCCUUACUCAAGGUCAUUGACAUGGCGUGACCUGCCAGGCACUGUAGCUGUAACAAUAUUAGCCACAGAUAAUGAUGGUGAUGUGGUAACUUAUGGUUUUGGUGCAAACAGUGCUGAUGUUUACGAAUACUUUGGUAUUAACUCUGUGACUGGUAACAUCACGCUCCUGCGUACACUGCCACCCCGGAGACAGUCCUGGACGAUCAACGUUGUUGCAUAUGACAAUGCUAACCCCGAGAAAACUGCUCAGUCCCAAGUGUCACUGACUGUUGGGAUCGAUGCUUUCCCACCUUCAUUCCAACCCAACAAUGACCUCAUCAUUCUGAACACUGACGAAACAAGACCUGUUGGUUAUAUCAUUGACGGUGUAACAGCCUCAGAUGGAGACCGUCGUGGUGAAAUUGUCUACGAACUGGACGGUGAAUAUCCUGGAGUGAGCUUCUUUGACGUCAAUCGCACUACUGGUGAUAUCUACAUUAUACGUGAUUUGAAAGAAGACGUGUCUGCCCGAGAAGAGUAUACGAUUCAUAUAGUGGCCUAUGACACUUUGGUACCGGAGACUCGUGCUCGAAAGACAGUGAUAAUACGUGUGGCAAGAAAUCAAGGCUUCCCGCAGUUUGAACGUUCGACGUACGAUGAGACUGUGGAUGAAUUUCAUCAACUGGCUGUCAGCAUUGUCAACAUUACCGCAAAUGACUUCAGAGACAAUGAUGCUAUCACCUAUAUGAUGGUCGACGACUCCAUUGAUCAGCUCAGUAGGCAGUUCUACUAUAUUGACCGAUACACAGGCGUCAUCUACCUGCGGAAACCACUGACAACCACCAAUGUGAACACUUUCCAAUUCAUUGUUCGUGCAACUGACGAUGGCGUACCAUCUCGCACAACUGAUGUCACUGUCAUUUUGAGAGUGAUCCGUGUGGAGCGGCCAACAUUCCGUGAACCAUACACGACAACAAUCACAGAAAACCUGCAAGUUGGGGGUUCAGCAAUGAAAGUAAACGCUGAUCACCCAAUAUCAGGGAGAACUGAUGAUCUCCGAUUCGAGCUGGUGGGUUAUCCUCCAUCCCCGUACUAUUUCUGGAUCCACCCGAUGGAUGGCGACAUUAUGGUUAAUCGAUCUCUGUUGACAGAUACACGACUGUUUUAUGAUCUGCGUGUAAAAGUGUACGAUGUUGCUACACCAGAACGAGCAUCCUACCAGGAUAUCAGGAUCAACGUCACGAGAAACAUCUAUAGUCCCGAAUUUAGUUCUGGCAUUUAUAAUGUUGACAUCUAUGACACUGAUCUCAUCGGAUCCAUUGUCACAAGACUUAGUGCCACAGAUAGGGAUAUGGAUCCUCUCACGUACAUGAUCAGUGGAAGCCAACGUUGUAUCGAAACGUUCCGACUUGAAUCGACUAUCUACAACAAUAUGACGCUGUACUUGAAUCGAGACCUGCAAACAACCACAGGAAACUUCCAGUGUACCAUAACAGUAUCCGAUAAUGGCAGCCCAAGCGUGAACACCGCUACAGCACGUGUGAAUAUCAAUGUCAUUCGUGUCCCGCCGCCAACUUGGACGUUACCUGGACCAUUUGAAAGAACCCUUGAUGAAGACCAGACCAUCGUUUAUGAGCUCAUUGAUCUUGAUGCUAUCAAGAAUAAUAUCCGGGGUGAGCUGGUCUAUGAACUGAUUGGAGAUUACCCAUCAGGCUCCUUCUUCCAAGUUGACCGCCCCACAGGGAAAAUAACUCUUUAUAGAGACCUGCGCUUUGACAGUCUCGGUACCACUCGAUACACGCUGAAGGUUGUCGCCUUUGAUACAGCAGUUCCUAACCUGCGCACCACAGCCACUGUGUUUGUUACUGUGAACAGAAACUUGAAUGGCCCUAGGGUCGUCCCACCAUCAAGCACAAUUGAGACACCGCAAGACUCUCCUGUCAACUCAUGGGGAUAUCUGGUCAAUGUCACUGAUCCAGACAGUAUGAACCCUACCUGUUCCAUCAUUGGUAAUACACUAGCUCAGGAAUAUUUCAAGAUCGACCCAGCGACCUGUUUAAUCACGCUCCGUAAGAGCUUGGCUGAUGACCCACUACUUACCCAACGAUAUGAGAUCACAGUACAGGUGGAUGACAAUGGAGUUCCAAACAAGUUCUCCACUGGCCAGGUUAUCGUGAUAGUUCCGCGCGACCUGAAUGCUCCAACUCUCAACUUGCCAAGGAGUGUAACCCUGAGCGAAAGGGCUCAGCCAAACGAUGUUGUAUUUGAUGUUAAUGGAAAUGAUGGUGACUUGCGGGGCACCUUAAUGUACAAUCUGGUUGGUGACUUCCCAGACAUGCAGUACUUUGACAUUAGUGCUGAUGGUAAUGUGUUCGUUCGGUACUCCCCGAUGUCCGACCCACUGGAGUCCGGAGUUUACACGCUUCAAGUUGAGGUGUAUGACAGCUAUUGGCCAAAUAACAAGCAGUAUGGAACAUUGACGGUAAUCGUGGACCGUAACCCAGGCGAUCCACAAUUCUCAGAACCACUUGGCUACAGCAGAGUUAUCGCGGCCGAUUUCCCAGUUGGAGACACUGUUAUCACAGUUCUGGCCACCGACCCAGACAAUGACAAACUGACUUAUGUGAGCUUGGCUGACGCAGCAAUCAACGACAUUUUCUACCUCACACAAACUGGCGAAAUUAUUCUUGUUAGUGAUAUGUCCGAUAUCCGCCAAGAAAUGACCUAUAAUUUCAACAUUGAGGCACGGGAUAGUCGUAAAACAAACUCGAAGAGCGUCACGGUUCCCGUGCAAAUUCGGGUCACUCCACUACAGGGUCCACCAGUUUUCAAUCCUCAGAGCGCUGUUAUCAGCAUCCCAAUUAACCAGGCAGUUAACUCUUCUGUGUACACUGUCACUGCCACAGACAAUGAUAGGAGAGGUCAGGUGAGGUAUUCGCUUGAGAGUAUCGGUAUCGGACCAGACUUCUACCGAGUGGAUCCAGUGACUGGACGUGUGAUUGUGACUACUAGCUUGAUCAACGAUAACACGCAAUACACGCUGCUGAUAUCCAGUUAUGACGACGCAUUGCCCGACGAUCGCAGCAUGUUCAACCUGAUCAUCAACAUUGAGCGAAACCUCCGGCCACCUCAAUGGAGGGAUGGACAGUCGCAAUACUCAGCCUCCAUUAAGGAUUAUGAUCCGGCGGGAACUUUUGUUCUUCAGGUCAACGCUACUGAUGGUGAUGCCACAUACCCAGAAAAUUUGGUCACAUACUCACUGCAACUUGGAAACCAGAACAACCAGUGGUUCUCUAUUGACUCAACCAACGGAAUUAUCACUGUUAGCAACCGUGUAUCCAUGGACACCAACUCACCCUCGCAGUACCUUCUUUACAUUACUGCCUCUGAUCGUGCCUUCAAUCCACUAGAUGUUCGCACAACUACAGCAACAGUUACAGUCCGGGUAGAGCGCAAUGUGGCCCCAGUGAUUCAAAACAAGAACACCUAUUUCAAGAGCUUCUCAGAGGGGUCUGGUAUCGAUUUUAGUAUCCUCAGAGUACUGGCCACUGAUGCAAAUCCAGCUGAUUCUCUCAACGGUAUGCUGGAGUAUUCGAUUGUUGAGACAAAUGCGAGUUCCAGGUUCCAGAUUGACAAUAAUGGUGUAAUCAGGCCUCGCGUCACCCUUCGUGGCCUUCAGCCCGCCUCAUGGGACUUUACUGUCCAAGUCAGAGACAUGGGUAUUCCAUUCAAGUUUGACACAACCACAGUAAGCAUCACCCUUGAACGUAUCGACGGACCACGCUUCAAUCCAUCCAGUUCCAUGCAUAACAAAGACGAAAACAUGGUUAUUGGUGACACACUUAUUAGACUACAAGCAGAAGAUACAACUCCCGAUGGACCACUGGCGUACGAGAUACGAGGUGAUGGCCUAGCACCACAAUAUUUCCGAAUUGAUAUGGAGGGCGAUGCAGCAGUUAUCAAAUUGAACAAGUCAUUCGCAGAUGACACCAAUAAGACUCCAUUCUACAAGCUGCGAAUCCACGCAUAUAGAGUAAAUGAUCCUAACACUUUUACUGAGCAUAUUGCCACAAUUUAUGUCAACAGGAAUCCCAAUGCCCCCCAGUUUGCCCAUGGCGACCUUGUGUUCAACAUCAGCGAAACCUUGGACAUCAACUCUGUGGUUGGUGAUUUGAACGCUACUGAUCCCGAUCUAGGCACCAAUGGAGAUAUUGUUUAUGAAAUUAGCAACUCGGAUCUUGCUCCACACUAUCUUAGAGAAUACUUCACCAUUAAUGAGUUUACUGGAAAAAUAAUUCUCAUUGACGACCUGAGGAAGGAUUCAACCAUUCGAUACCAGAUGACAGUCAUUGCUAAGGACAAGGGCGUGCCUCAAAGACAAGACACUACUAGAGUCACCAUCAAUGUAGCUCGCAACCCAGGUGGACCUGUGUUUAUAAACACACCGUAUGUAGCCAACCUUACUGAGAAUGAUAAUAUUGGCAUUUUUGUCAUUCAAGUGACAGCACGUGAUCCAGAUGGUGAUACGGUUGAAUACGGAAUUAGGAUAGCACCACCCGCAUCAUAUUACUUCACAAUGGAUACAUUGACAGGACAAAUUACAACGCAAGCUGCACUUUAUGAGAAUCAAGUAGAGUCAUACACACUUACAGUGUUUGCAUAUGAUGUUAACAGGGCAUCUAGAACUGCUGAGACAACGGUGUUAGUCAACAUUCUCCGAAAUCCAAAUCCUCCGGUGUUUGUUAACGAUCCACCUUACAGAACCACGAUUUCUGAGUACAUUGAAAGUGGCAGUCCCCUUGAUGUGCUUGUCAGUGCACGUGAUGAUGAUCAUUACCUAAGCAGCAGUGGUAUAUUACGAUACAAGUUUGGCACAAUCCAACCAGCAGGAGCUGAGCAGCUGUUCGACAUAAGUACCACAACAGGUGGUAUUUCUAUUGCCUCUCCGCUGAUUGGCAACAAACAGCUGGUGCCAACGCUUGUCACAAUGGAAGUGAUUGCAUAUGACAGAUCAGCCCAACCAAAGAGCGCUACCGCUAUGGUCACUGUUGCAAUCGUCCGUAACACAGCUGCUCCUGUGUUCGAAACCGCGUGUCCAAUACGACAGACGGUGAAUGAACGAUCACCUCCUAAUGUGUUUGUUGAAUCAGUGUCAGCAAAUGAUCCUGAUACUGGCAUCCCUCUGAACGCUGACACUCCGAAUGCACAGUUUGAGUACUCUCUGGCUGGCGAUGAAAACUCAUAUGCACGAUUCUUUAACGUGAGACCUGAUGGAACCCUUUACACCAAGAACAUCCUAAACUUCCCUGGAUUAAUUGGAAACGAAAUAAGUGUCACAGUUAUUGCCAAAGAUCUAAGCUGGGACCCGAAACAGUCUGAAUGCAGAAUCGUUCUACAGGUUAACCCUGUGGUCAUUCAAUCUGCCACACUGGGAUUCAUCCAACCAGUGUUCUACAUUGAAGUACAAGAAAACUUCCAGCUGAACCAAGUACUGAGAGUUCUUGACGUUGUCAACCAAGAAAACAAAGUUGAUUGCACAAUGGUUGAAUCCACAUACCCUGCAGGGCUCUUUUCCAUUGAGCUUGAUUCCACAGAAAAGAACUGCGAACUUGUGCUCAGAGGAUCUCUUGAUUAUGAGAACAGGAGAAAUUACAACAUUACGGUUAAUGUUCAGGCUGAGCGUGACAAGGGCUCGAGAAAGAAGAGACAAUUGUACACCAAUUCAGUGUACAAUGCUUGGAACCCAGCGCUUGUGUACAUCCAAGUGUUGGACACAAAUGAUAACAUCCCGUCCUGGGUCAUCCCGUACUACCCACGAAGCAAUGGAACAAACCCUACCACCCAGAGCAAGUACUUCGGCAUUGUAAAUAACGAUCUGGGCAGCGACUCCAACGUCCUCUUCAUUAAUGCUGUGGACCGUGACUCCGGAAAUCUUGGUCAUAUCGAGUACCUCCGUGGCCUUGAAGAUAACGACUUCCCCACCAACCCGCCAUUCCAGAUGAACACCCUCACUGGUGAGAUAACUACAACUAAGUCUAUGGAGUUUGUCACCGUGCCGACCCAUAGGUUCGAGGUGAAAGCUCGGGACAAUCCGGGACAGACCACGCAGCAGAAUAGCAUUGACGCUGAAGUUGUGAUCCACUUGGUUGAAAAUAAGCACCGAUUUGUUGCUGAGUUGCCGGGCCAACCUCAAGACUAUGUAAACCGACUUGAGCAGUUUAGACUGGCCGUUCAAUCCCACACUGGAUACAUCUGCCUCAUUGAGAGCGUACAGCACAGGAGAAUUGCCAGCGGCCCUAACGAGAUUGCAACUGACGAAGCUGCUGGUACUGACGUAACAUUUGUAUUGGCUGAUCCUGAUAUUACACCAAAUUUCCCACUGCUUAUCAACGAUGAAAGAAACUUGGGAUUGUUCGAUGAUACCUGGAAGGUUAUGAUCCGCGACAAUGCCAACGUUGACGUAUCGAUCGUCCACCCUCCACUGACAGGCAACCUUGCGGCACAGCACGUGUUAACAAAAUCGUACGUGUGGUGGCUGGACGACCCAUGGGCAGCACUUGUCGCUCUCGUUGCCAUCUCCAUUCUCCUUUGUAUCGUCGGCAUCAUCGUCCUUGUGUUCACUCAUGCCAGAUACACCAAGUACAUCAACAACUACCGUGUGUACCAGACAACAUACCAGCAACCAGAGUUUGUUGAGCCUCCAAGCUUCCUCAGGGAAUACGAGACACAGAGUCUGCAGAUGUAUGUACCACCCGACGAGGCUGUGCUACAAAGCGGUGAAGUCCAGAUGCAUCUGUCAGCCGAGGGCAUUUCUUCCAUGGAAGCAUCAGGAACUGCCGCCAUCAAUCCCGUUUACGAUGCUGAGAGCGAGGGACCGGUUAUGACUGGCCAAUCAUCAUACAGCCGCAACACGACUCUGCUGUAACCAUGACAACGACCUUAAUAAAUGACACACUUAUCUACCAACACAAACAUUGAAACUUUACUCUGAAAGGUCAUGCCAUCAUUAAAGAAAUGUGUUAUUCAAAUAAUUCUUUGUGAUAAAGUUCAUAUCAAAGUGUGAAUACUGCUGUUAUUUUUGGAUGACUAUUUUUACCUUACAUAUCGAUAAAAUUGUUACUGUUUUUUGCAAAGUUUAAUAGAUAUUUACUUUUAUGAGACCUGUUUGAGACUUUUCUUUGAUUUUUCGAAACAUUGUUUAUAUUUAGACACGUUUACACCUUUAUUGCUUCAGUUAACUUUUCUUUUGCUUAUUAAGUAGAUAUUAUGCAGAGUGUUAGAUUUCUAUUGCAUACAUGUACAUGUAAUUGUUAAAUCUAUGCAAAAUAAAAUAUUAUAUCCGUUAUAGCAGACCAUGACAUUAAACAAUUGAAUCAGGGUAAUAUAAUUAUAAUACCUAUUAUGACUUUGAGAAUCUCAAGAAAUGCAAUUAUUAUAGCCUGCUACAUACUCUCGAAAUAUAUAGAUAAGAAUUUUGUUGUUCUUUUGAAUGAUAAUCUUCUGUUGAAUAUUCUCUAUCUGUUGUAAUGCCUAUACAUACAUGUAAUGUUUACAUAUCAAACUAUAGUGCUUGUAUUUUAUGUUGAUUUUUUUGCUUAGGUAUAAUUGCGUGCUUUUUUAUGCCUGUUAAAAUGGAGAUCUUUACAAAGAACAUUCCAUUAAUGUUUGUCACAAAUUUUUACAUAAUGUAUUUUUGAUACAAAAAAUGAAAAUAAAGAAAGCCACUAUUUGUA